CCCCGAGGCUCGCAGCCCCGCCUCUGGACCCAUGCAGAGGGUCCCAGGAUCCCCGGAAUCCCAGGCGGAGGUCCGGAGCGCCACGCCAAAGGUUUCGGCGCCCGAAAGGCCAGCGCGGACCGCGUCGCCUCCGCAGGAGACCUCGGAUGACUCGCGGCCCGCGUCCCCGUCGCCCUCCUGGCUCUCCGAGCGGCCGCCGACCGCGAGCGCCGCUGGGGACGGGUUGCUGCUGCGCCAGGCCGCGUGGGGCAGGAUGGCGUCCCGCACGUUGCUGGAGGCCGGCCUGGCUCGGGUGCUCUUCUACCCGACGCUGCUGUACACGCUGUUCCGCGGGAAGGUGCGGGGCCCGGCACACCGCGACUGGUACAACCGCAUCGACCGCACGGUGCUGCUGGGCGCGCUGCCGCUGCGGAGCAUGACGCACGAGCUGGUAGAGGACGAGAACGUGCGCGGGGUGAUCACCAUGAACGAGGAGUAUGAAACCAGAUUCCUGUGCAACUCCGCCAAGGAGUGGAGGAAAGUGGGAGUUGAGCAGCUGCGACUCAGCACGAUAGACAUGACUGGAAUCCCAACCUUGGCUAACCUCCAGAAAGGAGUUCAGUUUGCUCUCAAGUACCAGUCGCUGGGCCAGAGUGUCUACGUGCAUUGUAAGGCCGGGCGCUCCAGAAGUGCCACGAUGGUGGCAGCGUAUCUGAUUCAGGUGAACAACUGGAGCCCGGAGGAAGCAGUAGGGGCCAUCACCAAGAUCCGGUCACACAUCCACAUCAGACCCGGCCAGCUGGAAGUCCUUAAAGAGUUCCACAAGGAGAUCACAGCGAGGGCAGCAAAGGAUAAGAUGCUUCCUACAUCAGACAUGAAGUAUGUGGGCUAGAAAGAGCUCAAGAAAACCCUGCUGGCAAUAGGAUGAAAAAGUUUAAUGGGACCCAUGGGGCUUAAGCCUGGGCGGCGUAAUAGAAGUGUGCUGAAUGAUGGGUAAUUUUGC